AAAUUCCACAUCCAAGUGAAAUCAUAGGGUAUUUGUCUUUAAGAAGCUAUUUCUUAAGCAGAGAAUUAGCAGGAAAAGGAAAACUAGAUGUAGGUACUGAUUAAUAUUGUUUGAUAUUUUUGGUUUCGUGGAAGACUGCUAUUUGAAGGUGAAAAAGAAGAGUAUGCUCUCGUGGUAGGCAGUGCAUGGCAAUGCAAGAAUGGGCUGGUUUCCUGGGGGAUACUCAGGAUUUAGCCGGGUAAUAAACACGUGAUGCUCUUUGGUAUUGGUGGUUUUGACUUGCUGGAAAGAAGGAAGCACACAGUGCUAGGUGGGACGAUUUCUGAAUGCUCUUGAUUUUCCUCAGAAUUGCCAGUAACCAGCAGGAGAAACUGCAUUUAUUUCAAGGGGGCGGGUAAUAAUAAUGUAGCCCAAUGCUCUGAUGCCGCUACCCAUUAAAAAACAAAAGGACAUUAUAUCAGACUUAGCUCAGGGUGAAAGUGUGUGUGUUUCUAAUACUUUUUGUACUAAAAGGUUGUGAUUUUUGCUAUUAUUUAGGCUUUGGCUGAAGUAUGAAUGGCAGGUUUUAUAAACUGGGCAUGUGUAGUUGUGUGAGGGUGUGAGGUUAGUCUCCAUUGUUCUAAAGUAUGUAAAUGGAUUUUAGUAAAUGAUCCAGUUCAGAGUCCGUUUUUUCUUGUGCUACCUUAAAGGGACCUUAAUUCUCUAUCUUCCUAAGUGUCUACCAUGAAGACAGAAAUGGUGUGUAACAUUUCAUUUCACAGUGAGUUUACUGCUCUGUGGAAGGCAUUAGUAAUUAUUUACAAAUAUGACCUAACAAUUGAUUAUUCCAGUGUUUAUAUUUAAUGGUUAAUUUAAUGUUUCCCUUCUUCCUGAGACAAUUGUUUUUAGUCACAUGAUUUAUUUCCGUGUCUUCUCCCUCAAUAUUUUUAAUGUCUCCAAAAUAGUUGAUAAGGGCAGACUAUAUGCGAAAAUGUUGUAUUUUACAAACCACCCCAAAAUGUAGUGGUUUAAAAUAGUGAUUUGUUCUUUCUCACCAUUGUGUAAGUCAGCUGGGCUCAGCUGGUUGGUUGUUCUGCCCAAAUGGUUUAUAGACUGGGAUCACACGUGUGACCCCAUUUGACUGGGACCUCUAUUAGAACUGGGGUGGCUUCACUUCUGUGUCGGGUACUUGAGCUGAGGUGGCCAGAAUGGGUAGGUGCUGGCCAGGCCCCUCUCCAUCUCAGUCCCUCCUCAUUCAGUAGUGUAGCCCAAGCUUCUUUGCAUGGUGGCUGGGUCCCAAUCGGAAGCUGCCAGGUCUUUUAAGGGCUGGGCCCAGACCUGGCACACAGUCAUUCCAUUGCAUUCUGUUGGCCAAAGCAAGUUACAGAGCCAGCCCAGGUUCUGGGAGGAGAAAAAAUAGAUUCUACUUCGUGAUGGGAGGAAUUGUUGGUGUCUGUCUUUGUAGACAAUCAACCAAAAACUCCUAAGUAGAUUCAGGUCUUACCUCUUCUUAUCCCCACCAGACCUUCAGAGCUUUGCUGAAACCCGCAGUUACUAAAGAAGUUCGUAAAAUGGUCCCUGUAAGUCCUACUCAGGAUCAAGGGUGGGAGGUUAUGUGAGUACAUAUGAUUAUAAGGUAUAUAAUAAAUUCUUCCUACUUUGCCUGAAAUCUCCUUUGUUAAUAGCCUUCUGCAUGAAAUGUUCAUACUGAACAUUGUGAGCACUUUAUACUCACAGGCAUGUUACAUUCCAUUUAUGUGGAAAGAAUGUUAUUUGACCAUUGAAUUGAAAAGAUAAGGAAAAGUUCUUACUGAAACUUUCACUUUUAGUUACUCUGCACAAAGGUUGGGAUUUCUUCUCCAUGACUUGAGGAGAAAUAGUGUAAGGAUGUCAGUUGAUCCGAGGGAGAUUCUAGGGUGCACAGAUGCCAGUGAGACUUGGAACGUCACUGGUGGCUUGUGGGAGUUCCUCCUAAAGUAGGAAGUGAGGGGCCGGGUGUUCACAGGUUCCUCAGCAGCUGCAUAAAUUGAAUGUUAUCACACCAUGAGUUAGACCUGUGCACCGCCAUGUUUUUCUGCAUAUGUCCCUCCAGACAUCCGCUAGAUUCUUGAGUGUCUAAGACCUCCCUUUUUUUCUGCAUUUUCUGCAGAAUCUGUAUCUCUUCUCCCCCAAGCAACUUAAUAGUCCUGAGUUUGUCCUUAUAAAACACUUGUCACAUAUGUAGGAUGGUGUGUGUGUGUGUGUGUGUGUGUGUGAGAGAGAGAGAGAGAGAGAGAGAGAAUGAAAGUAAAUGAGCCUCCAUAGCAAGCCUCAUUUAGCUGAUGGAGCUGCAGAUGAAACCAGGGUUCAGGAGGAAAAUUUCUUAUAAAGGUCUACCUUCCAGAACUCCAAUUUAAGAGCUUAUGCCAGCUUUUAGUGUGAAGACGACCAUUUACAUUGCCUUUUUUACAUUUAACGUUUUUUGAGUUAUGUUAUUGCCUUGAGUCUGUUUGUUCUGUGAGGUAGGCUCUGUUCCACGUAACAGAACCAUUAAAAUAAAUGACCAUAAUAUAAACUGGACAGUGUUACACUGUUGGAAGCAUUUCUGAGAGGAGGUGAAGGCAUAAAAUAGAGCAGGCAGACUCCUCUGGGAAUGCAAGUGAAGUUUUCAUGAAUAAUUUGGAAUGUAGCCAGUGAGUUUGGUUUAAUUUCCUUCGAAAUGGGGUAUCUUCUUAGAAACCCAGUUUGCGGAGAGUAUGGUAAGUGUGCCGUUGUUUCCAGCAAGAGAAGAAGAUAAUACGGUACGGAAACCCUGUCUUGGGUAUCCUACCCUCUCAAGCACGCAGGCGUAGAGGGGAGCAUCGUAAAGAGUAAGAAGUAUGCCAUCACUAGAGGAUGGUAUGAUACCGUAUCCUGCAUCUCAUACAUUUUUCUGGAAUAGGAGAGACUUUUUUGUAGAAAUUCCACUAUGAUCUCUACAUUGUCGAUUUCUUAAAUAUCUUUGGCUUACCCUGUGCGCUGAAGGAACGGCAACUUUCCAGCUAAAGAAAACCUCUUUCUGAACUGUCCAUGUUUCUUCAGAAAAAGAAACAAUACCCUGAAACUACCAGGUAAACCGAGCAGAGUGUCGUGUCGUUAGAGAAGUAGAUUGCCCAAAGAGGAUAAGCAGAUAAAGGAGAGCCAGCAUUAAGUGCCGCACACUCAUGUGAUUCUGAACGUCAAAGGAGAUUAACGCCACAGUCCCAAGAUCUUUAUAGUGGUUUGUUCAGUGUAGGUGAAUAAAGCAUCCACCUUACUAUGCGAGGUACCGUAGGGAUCACAAAGACAGGUAAGAUCACCAAGGAGCCAAGUUUCGGAGAGGGCAGUUGAGAACUACGUAGCAGAAGAUACUGGAUGAGGCAGAGUGUGGUGAAGGCAUGCUCUAAUGGACAAAGGUUUCUGUAGGGUGUGAAGAGGGGCCGGAAAUGGCCUCGGAGAUGGCCCUUGAAAGAUAGAUUAGGCUUUAAACAGGAGAAAAUGGGGACAAAGGGUAAGAGCAAGAGGUCUUUUGAGGGAGUCCCCGUGUGAGGAAUGACAGGGCAGAGGUCAGCCCCACACGUGGCAGGGAGGGCAGAGCCUGGUCAUGGUCCGUCUGAGUUGAAACUGAGGAACGGUGCUGCCUGGCAGAGCAGACCGCGGAAGCCCAUGCAGAGGGCGGCUCUGAUGCCUGGCUAAGGAACGUGGGGAAAUCAGAAGUGGUGUGUGAUGAGGCGGGCGACGGUGGCGCAUCAUCUGGUCUGCGCUGGAGAACCUGGAGGCCUGGAACGCAGUUCUUUCCGUGAUUCAGCAGAAGGGGAUGAGCACUAGGUUACGUUGGUGGCUGUGGGAACGAAGGGCACCUGUCUUUCCUGCUCUGCCAGGAUGUGGCUGGCGAUUGAUCAUAAACACGGAAACUUGUUUGGCCUCUUGCACCCCGUGCUCUCUCCCAAUCUGUAGAGCCGAGACGGGUGCCGUUGAACAGAUCACUGGAGGAGCGGAGAAUCACGGAAGGAGUUGUGUGGUGCGUGGGUCGUGCUGGAACCAGCGGUCUCUGGAAUCUGCUCUCAGGCUAGUGCUCGCUCUUCACCGUAAUCACAGAGAGCCGUCUUACUGAGUUUCACACCAAACUCCGUACCAUCACAGUUACAUUUUGGAUGCACUUGAAUUGCCUUUGCCUCAGCUGACAGUGUUACAUGCUCCCUGGGAGAAGGAUGCUGAAACAAAACAGGAAUUGUGGGAGGCGCUCCUGUGAAGAAAUGGACCAGUGUGCGUAAUCAUGGAAUCUCCUUGCUAACCUGCUCUCCUUGAGAAGUGAGAGAGAGAGUGGGUCGGGGAGAAGGAAAAGAGGUCAACAUGAAGCUAAAGCAGCGAGUCGUGCUGUUAGCAAUUCUUCUUGUCAUCUUUAUCUUCACCAAAGUUUUCCUGAUUGACAACUUAGACACAUCAGCAGCAAACCGAGAGGACCAGAGGGCGUUUCACAGAAUGAUGGCUGGCUUGCGGGUAGAGCUGGUGCCCAAGCUGGACCACACCUUGCAGUCUCCCUGGGAGAUUGCAGCCCAGUGGGUGGUUCCGCGGGAAGUGUACCCAGAAGAGACACCAGAGCUGGGGGCGAUCAUGCAUGCCAUGGCCACCAAGAAGAUCAUUAAAGCUGAUGUGGGUUAUAAAGGGACACAACUGAAAGCCUUACUGAUACUUGAAGGAGGACAGAAAGUCGUCUUCAAACCUAAGCGGUAUAACCGAGACUAUGUGGUAGAAGGGGAGCCGUAUGCUGGCUAUGAUAGACACAAUGCAGAGGUAGCAGCCUUUCAUUUGGACAGGAUCCUGGGUUUCCGCCGAGCGCCCUUAGUGGUUGGCAGAUUUGUUAAUCUGCGGACAGAGAUCAAGCCUGUUGCCACGGAGCAGCUGUUGAGCACCUUCCUAACCGUAGGAAAUAAUACUUGUUUCUACGGGAAGUGUUACUACUGCCGAGAAACGGAGCCAGCUUGUGCCGAUGGAGACACAAUGGAGGGGUCUGUCACGCUGUGGCUUCCGGAUGUGUGGCCUCUGCAGAAACACCGACACCCAUGGGGCAGGACUUACCGAGAGGGCAAACUGGCCAGGUGGGAGUACGACGAGAGCUACUGCGACGCCGUGAAGAAAACGUCCCCUUACGACUCCGGCCCGCGCCUCCUGGACAUCAUCGACACCGCAGUCUUCGAUUACCUGAUCGGCAACGCUGACCGCCAUCACUAUGAGAGUUUUCAAGACGACGAAGGCGCUAGCAUGCUCAUCCUUCUCGAUAAUGCCAAAAGCUUUGGGAACCCGUCACUGGAUGAGAGAAGCAUUCUUGCCCCCCUCUAUCAGUGUUGCAUCAUUCGGGUUUCUACCUGGAACAGACUGAACUACCUAAAGAAUGGUGUGCUGAAGUCUGCCUUAAAAUCCGCCAUGGCCCAUGACCCCAUCUCCCCCGUGCUGUCUGAGCCUCACCUGGACGCCGUGGACCAGCGGCUCCUGAGCGUCCUGGCCACCGUGAAGCAGUGCACUGACCAGUUUGGGGCGGACGCUGUGCUGGUGGAAGACAGGAUGCCUCUUUCCCACUUGUAAUUCGCCACACAAAAUAAGUGAAACUACUUUUUACAAAGCUAGAGAAACAGCACAAUCACUUCCAAAUGGUGUGCGAUGGAUUGGAAACGGCCGGCGGCAAGCUCUGGGUGACAGGGGACAGGGUGGCCUUGGAUUCCUUUGGUGAUUUCUGUAGCAGAAGCUAAAGCAGAGACGACAGGUUGCAGACCCCAGGAGCCUUCCUGCCAGACCACCCGACCCCCUCGGCAUCUGCGCACCCCCGCGGUGGGCCUCCCGCUUGGUCCGUCCUAACUCACGUGCCAAAGGGUGGAUCGAGGUGUGGCGCCUGGAUGGGUUAAUGCUGGGGUUGGUUCUAGAGCGUGUAGUUCGGGUUCAUCUUCUAAUCCUUUCUCCACACCUGUGGAUUUUCUGAGACCACUUUGUAAUCUCUUGAGUCCUUUUGCAACCAGGACUAGUCCAGUUGGGAGUUUUCCUGCCUCCUGAGGAGUAGCAGCCAGUAAGACCUGGCGUUCUGUUGAGCCCAAAUAGCAUGCUCUCCUGGGAGGGAUAUGUUUUUAGGAUAGAAUUAGUGGGAAAGACAAAGGCGGGAAAGACGCCCGGGCUCCUUCCUAAGUGAUUGGCUGGUAGUGUUCUUCUGGAUAGUUUAGAGGAGGGAAGAAGGGGCAGAACCAGAAUCGGAGAAGCCCCCCUGGCAGGUGCGUAAACGCAGACGUGACUCGAACCUCAGCGAGACCCGCAUUCCCACGGUGGUGUCCCAGUUACCCCGGAAGUUGUCCAAGUGUGAUUCUCUCACGGAGACUUUCUUUUUCCCUUUUGCCCCAAGCAGGCACAUCUUUUCUAAAUUAACAAAGCGAAUUGAGGUGGUACCUUGAAUAAGAGUGAAGUUGCCUGUGAUCUCUGCCAUCCUGAUUUCUUUUCGGAAAUGAAUUUCCACCUCAGCCUUUAAGGCAUUUGGUCACCGAAGCCUCUGUUCCCGAGAGAAUGGCAGUGCUGUUUGUGCCUUUCUCAUGAGAACAGCCAGCUUGCUCCCGGAGCGGACGGUGCUCGUCCUGCUGGCGGCUGGACCUGUCCUGUGACUUGGGCCUUGCAGAAGAUUGGGAACAAAAAUUUUAAGCAUUCUGAGCCUUAAAAUUAAGGAGGUCACCAGGAAGGGCCUUAAGAUUUUGAUUUAUAUCAAGCCCUAACGUCCUCAUUUCAUUUCAUCGGGCGUUCUGAACCGGUGGUGUGGGAUCGUUUCCCCGUGUCCUCUCACUGCCCACGACCCGGGCUCAGUGCGGUCUGUGUUCCUGCAGAGCGACUCGGACCCGUAAGCAGUUGCGGUAAAGCACAGGGCCCCAGGGGGACAGGCUCGGUGCGCCCACCCACCGGGGGACCCAUCUCUCCUGCCUCUUGUCCGGGUGCUGGUCCAGCUUCUCACUUCUGUCAAGCAGAGACUGGUACUUAAAGCGUGUGGGCGAGCCGAUUUAAUGCCAGCCAUCGGAGACCGGUGUCAGGCAGCCACCCUUUCGAAAACAGCCUAGAAUGUAUGCCCUGAUUUUCUCGCAUUGAAAGGCCGCUAAGUAACCUGUCACCACGUAACAAUAGCAUGAGGUCAGGAUGCUUUUGUGCUUUGUAUGUACGUUUCGAGACAUACACAAGAAUGGGUUGGGCUCCUUGAAAAAGGAAUUUAAGAAGACAGGUAUUAGCACAAAACACUGAAGUCGGGUCAACAAAAGGAGGCCUUAGAUUCCGAUUUUUAAGGCCACUUACAGUGUGUAUCAAGUGAAAUUCACAGUUGAGCCUGAGAACACCUUGGGUAGUGCUGACCCAGAGUAUCAGGGAGCUGGCCGGAGGCAGAUGGCGGGAGGAGGCCGGCGCCGCCCGCGUGGGUGAACGUUAGUCGAACUAAAUGACGGAUCGGUGCUCCUGCAGACAGGUGGCACCGGGAGUGUGUCCCAGUGGGAUGGGCGAGAAUUGGUCUCGAACUGGGAACUUCAUUCAUAAUGUUGAGGGUAGAAGAUACUGCUAAGGAAAAAAGCAGGAGGGAGAGCUGCUUUGAAAAUGUCACAUCCUUUUUUUCAAAACAUUGCAGAAAUGUUUAAUUUAAUUCUCUUUUCUACUGUUUUAAACUUCAUGAUCUUAAGAGGUGUUCAGAUCUAUCGUGGUUGAAGUCAUAUGCUAAUAGGGUGGUCGUGACGAGACUCUUAGAACAGAUUCAUGUUCUAAUCAGGAUUGGAUUAAGCUAGGAAAGCAUGUUUAGGCACAUCUUGGAAAAACCAAGCAUAGGCUUAUAGCCCUAAAAUUCAGAAAAACUAAAUUCUCUUUGAAAAUGGAGGUAGAUAUCUUUUUAAGUUCUGUGACCCUGUCCUCUUUGUGGUUUAUUUAGCGCUAUUAUACUCAGACAAGUUGCUGGAAGUGUUCUCGGACAGCCCGAGGUUGAGCGUGCCUGGGGGAACGUGUAAAGGUAGACAUGGGUACGUUUUAAUAUUGUCAGACGAGGAGAAUCAGGACUGCCUGCCAUUUCCUUACCUCCUCCCACUUCCUAAAUACAUUUCUUCCAGAGUUUGGGGAGAUAUGGGUAUGGAAGUUACAUUCUAAAUUAUUCUUUAAUACGAGGUUAUGUUGUGGGUUCGGAUGUAAAUAAUUGUCUGUGCAAAACAAAUUAAUAGGAUCUGAUUUGCUCAGAGUUUUGUUCAAUAAUAGAUUAAUAAGGCAUUUCUCCCUGUUGCACUGAGGACUGAUGUGUCAAAUGAAAUUUAAGGAGGAAAUGGAAGAAUUCAGGUACAUCCAUUGCAUAUUAUUUUAGAAAAGAUGAAUCCUGUGUACGUGGCAAUUUUCCAGUGUCACCUGAACAACAAAUUCUCCCAAGGAAAUUCAUCUUUUCUUUUUCUUAAAAGAAAGGAAAAAAAAAAAAAGACUUCCGGCUUUCCCUUCCCAUCCACCAUAUCCUUCAGCUUCCAUUCUCAAUGGUCCCUGUAUUCUUGUUUGACCAGUGACAGGAAAACAGCAUCUGUCAGGGAGCUGUCUGGUAAGAGUUACCUUAUGAGCUGGAGCUUCAGGAAACAUGAGUAAAGGCGUACGUAUGUAUAUAAUCGUAGAUGUAUUGUAGCAAGAAAAAAAUGUAUUUAUUUUGACACAGGGAAGCACUGACUUAUGUUGCUGAAGAACUUGAAGCUAGUGAAAGGUUCUCUUCUCAGUCUCUGAGAGUGGACCCCAAGUGACAAAGACCAUUCACUGAGCAGGCGCCCGCUGAGCCGCUCCGCUGAGCCAGCCGUGGCUAGGCACACGAGCGAGCCACACAGACCUGACUUCGUGAAACCUAUUGUCCGGGGAAGGCCAGGUUUUCUCCCUUCGAUUCCUCAAGUCUGGGUUGCAAAGGCAGGGGCCGGGGACUCUACUGCCACAGGUUUCUAAGGAACCAAGGUGUUACAAGUACACAGUGAUUGCGGUGGGGGGCGGGGAACUGGGAAUAACUUACUGGGAAGCUAAUUUAUUUGCUUAAGAGGAGGUGUGGGAACCAGUACCCUCCGUUUUGAUCUGCCAAGGAUUUCCUCUCAGAGCUGUUGCACAAAUAGAGGUGGGGCUUGGGAAGACACCAAACAAGACAGAUAUGCACCUAAAUUUCUAAUGUGUUCUAUGGGUUUCAAUUCUGAAGAAAAAUAAAGAUUUUAUUAAGUAUU